AUGAGACUUUUUGAUAAACUUCAAGAAGCAUUAGUUAACCUUCAACUUGAUAUUGGUGACUUAAGAGGGCAAGGAUAUGACAAUGGCUCUAAAAUGAAAGGCAAAAACAAAGGUGUUCAAACAAGAGUACUUCAAGUAAAUCCUAGAGCAUUCUAUACGCCGUGUGGUUGUCAUACUCUUAACCUUGUGCUUUGUGAUAUGGCCAACUCUUGCUCUAAAGCAAAAACGUUUUUUGGUGUGGUACAACGCAUAUAUGUAUUGUUUUCAUCUUUUGUUCAACGUUGGACAAUUUUAAAAGAUAAUCUACAUGAAGGCCUCACAGUUAAGUCGUUGUCGCAAACGCAUUGGGAAAGUUGCAUUGAAAGUGUUAAACCACUAAGAUACCAUGCUUCAAAAAUAAGAUAUGCUUUAGUUGACUUGUACAACAAUCCUACCAUAGAUUCGAUUGCAAAAAGUGAAGCUAAAUCCCUGGUAACUCAUGAACUUGAUACUUUUGAGUUCUUGUUUAGUAUUGUAAUUUGGUACAAUUUGUUGUUUCAUGUGAACUCUGUUAGCAAGCUUCUUCAAAGUGAAGAUAUGGAUAUAGUAGUUGCUGUAAAGCAGCUAGAUGGGCUUGUUAAGUAUGUUGCAAUGUAUAGAGAAGUUGGUUUCAUGGAGGCUAUGGUUGAAGUUAAAGAAAUGGCAAGUGAAUUGGGAAUUGAACCUACAUUUGUUGAAAAGCGCAUCAUUUCUAGAAAGAAACAAUUUGAUGAGAAUGUUAGCGAAGAGGUGACCCAGUCGGUUGAAGAAUCAUUUAGAGUUGGUUACUUCCUUUAUUUUGUUGAUCAUGCCCUUUGUUCACUCAAAAAUAGGUUCGAACAAUUCAAAGUAUAUGAGGCAAACUUUGGUUUUUUGUUUGACUUGAAAAAGUGCAGCGAUGAAUUGUUGAAGGCGGGGUGUGUGAACCUUGAAGAAUUUUUAAAACAUGGUGAGAUUUCCGAUAUUGAUGGAAGGGAUUUAUUGAUGGAGCUAAAAGUCUUGAAAGAGAGAUUGUCAAAAGAAGUCAAUAAACCAAUUGAAGUGCUCAAUCAUCUGCAGUUGAUGGCAAAUUGUUUCCCAAAUUCAUGGGUUGUUUAUAGGAUACUUUUGACUAUUCCGAUUGAGAGUGCAUUCAAAAAUGGUAUUAUCCAUAGAACAAGCAAACCUGCAAGAAGGUCAUUCUCCUGGAGUACGAAUGCUAGUAGUAGCACUAUUCCAUGGCCUGCAGAUGUCAAUAUUGUUGUUUCAAUGGCCAAGAUGGCUGAUCCCUUUACUAUUGCCACAACCUCAUAA